CAAGCAUCGGGAUUGCUUCUGACGGUCUGAUGGCGCCCCUGUGAAGUGCAGGACAUGGAGCGCGAACGCGAACCAUCUCCGGGCCCCUUGCGGUACCGGCUCUGGUGCGGAGGGCUUCACAAGGACAUCACAGAGGAUGAGAUCAUCCGCGAAGUGGAGCGGUUUGCGGAAGUGAAGAAGGUGAUGCUGAGGAGCUCGCCGAAGGAUACCUUUGCUUUCAUCCAGUUCACCAACCAGAAGGACAUGGAUAAGGCCCAGGAGGCUCUUGACCAGUCGGCAGCGUUGGGUGAGAGAGUUUGCGCUCAGCCAGCAACAGCUGACAAGAAGAAGUCCCUGCCCGUGCAGGACAAGCCUAGACGCCACGACAGCCGCGGUGCUGAACGGCGAGAGGGGGGCAAGGGCGGCCGUGGCGGCGGCAGCUACGGCGGUGGCGGCAGCUACGGCGGUGGUGGCAGCUACGCCGGUGAGGGCUAUGACUACGGCGGCGGCUAUGCUGGCGGCGGCUAUGGCGCCGGUCGCGGCGACCGCGUUGGCGACCGACGCCAAAGAAGCCGUACACCAGGCAGGGGUGAGCGGCGUGGAAGGCCGCAGGAGGAGUGGCGCGACUAUCGUCGAGCUGAACGCAAUGGUCGGCCUGAUGAUCGUGGGCGUGAUGGCCGACAAGGCUAUCCUCGUCGAGCCGCCUCCCGUUCGCGAGAUUUCCCAGACAGGGAGCCUCGAGACAGGGAAUUUCGAGAGCCCCGAGAUAGAGAUGCUUACACCCGGGACUACAGGGAACCACGAGGUGACUUUCGAGCACGAGCACCUCGCUAUGAAGACCGGCGUGAUACCAGACGGGCUGACAGCAGAGACUUUCAGGCCACUGGAUAUCGGGAGCGCGCUCCGCCUCGGGACCCGUACGGUGGAGAGCGCGCGGGAAGUUGGCAACGGGGCCCUGAGGACGGUCGACAGGCCAAGCCUCCGAUGGGCAGGCACAAGAUCACGGUUGAGAACUUGCCGGAUGAUAUGACGUGGGCUGAGCUAAAAGAUCUGGGGAAGGACUUUGGGCCAUCGAUCACGUUCGUGAAGACUUAUCAGGUUAAGGGAGUCUACUGUGGGAUGCUCGAGUUUCAGGACAGAGGUGAUGCCGAGAACGCUGUCCGUGAGCUGGAUAACCGGAGAGUGCAGGGCAGCUCUCUGCGGCUGCGAGCAUACCUCGGGGACAACUUCCCCGGCUAGUCGGCGAGCGAUCCAACGGCUG